GAUACUAGUGUACCCAAGUUUGUACUUUGUAAUUAUGUUCUUAGACGUAUACUCAAUAAUGUUGGCGACCCUGACUGUGAUUGUAACUUGAUCAUGCGAUAACAAACAACUUAUUUAAUCAACAGUAAUGUGUACGUCCAAGAAUGACUAACGUAGAAAAUGCAAUGUAAGGUGCACGUAAAAUAUUCUUAUACCUGUUUUGAAUUAUUAAAAAAAUGAAAGGCCAGUGUUGACCGAAACUUUGUAACGCGUGCACGCAUACUUCGCAUAGGUACUAAGCGAUACGAGACUCAGUUUUAAGUUGAGCGACCACUAUUGUUUUAAAUAACGUAGUUCGUGAAAGACAUUUAACAAGUGAACGUUGGAAAACAGAAAAAUAAACUUAAUAAAUGAACAUGGCGGACAAAAGUUUGGAUAUAAUAGUGAUGGGUGCUACGGGGUUUACAGGAAAAUGUACCGUGCAACACCUUGCAAGACUUACAAAAGAAAAGUAUUGGGAUGUAACUUGGGGAAUCUCGGGGCGUUCUAAGGAUAAAAUGCAGAGUUUAGUCACGGAACUCAAUAAAUUGGGUCUGGAUGUAAAGAAUAUUCCUAUGAUUGAAAGCAACGUUGACAACCGUGAGUCGUUAAAGAAGGCCCUGCAAAUGGCGAAGGUGGUUAUAAAUUGCACGGGACCAAACUCCGUGUUGAGCGCUCCUAUCGUGGAGACUUGCAUCGAAACUGGAACACAUUACCUUGAUAUAUCUGCUGAAAUGUUUCAUAUUCUCCAACUUUACCAAAAAUACAGUAAGACAGCUGAAGAGGCGAGUGUAUUAGUGGUGCCUAGUUGUGGCUACGCUGCUAUACCAACAGAAUCAGCUAUGAUAUAUUUGGAGAGGCAGUUUAAAGGCACUCUGCAUACAGUGGAGUGCUAUACAGCAUUAGAUUUACCAAAGAGAACGUAUAUUCCUGGUCGUGCUCUCAUCCAUAAUGGAACAUGGACUUCUCUCGUGUAUGUGUUGGAAAGUUUCAAGGACCAUCUAAAUUUGUGGAAGGAGCUGUUCCCUAAGCCUGUUGAGCCGGUACCAGAAGAGAUGAACAAAUCCUUCUUCCACCGACACAAUGGCGAAACGUGGUUCCCUUACCCGGGAACAGAGAAUUAUGUAGUAGAAAUGUCGCAAAGAUAUUUACAUGAAAAAACACAAAAGAAACCUGUCCACUUUAAAGCUUACACAACCAUGCCAAUGUUCUUCCAUUACAUUGUAAUCCCUGUAAUGUAUUUAUACUACUAUCUAAGUUAUUUCAAAUGCUUUAGAAACUUGUUAAUCAAUUUCCCUCGACUCGUCACUAUUGGGUAUGCUUCACAAAAAGGACCUACGGAACGAACUAGGAAGGACACGAAAUAUAGCUUCAUUUUGAAUGGCAAAGGCUGGGAUUUGGGCGCUGACUUGAAUACGGAGCCGACAAAGAAGAUGUCAGUAAAGGUGUCAGGCAGUGAUCCAGGCUACGAUACAACAGCAAUUGCAAUUAUAAUGUGUGCUAUCACUAUACUGAAAGAAGGUUCAAAUAUACCUAAAAGAGGAGUCAUAAUGCCCGGUGCAGCAUUCUACAGAACUGAUAUAGUUGAUAGAUUGAUGCACGAAGGCUACACUUAUGAAGUAGUAGGGGCAGGGGACAAUGUCGUACAAGUAGCUUGAAAUCCAGAUAUUGCUAGUAAAUGAUUGUUAUUUAAGAUUAUUUUUUUAUAAUGCUAAUCUACUUCAAUGAUAGCUGCGUUCUCAGUGGAACAAAUAUUUCUUUCUAUCUCGUAUUGUUUUUCUAUUAAACCAAUGAAUGCUUAUUAUUUCAAUUCUUAACCAGACCACAAAGUUAGUGUUUGUAAAUAAAAUGUUUAUUGAUUAGUGGUUAAAGAAAAUGGAAUUUUAAACAUAAUAAUUCUAAGUUAAGUUUUGAUAAUUAUGCUGAAGAACCGGUACCUAAGUAAGCAGGUUAAGUGGUUUUGGGUGGUCGAAUAUUAUGUUAAUGAA